AUGUCCCGCGACGCCGAGCUCAAGCGCAUUCUCGUCACCGGUGGCCUCGGCUACAUUGGCUCGCACGUCGUGCUCUCGCUCCUCCUUUCGGGCCGCUACCUCCCCGUUGUCAUUGACAACUGCCACAAUGCCUUCCCCGAGGCCGUCAAGCGCUGCAACGAGAUUGCUCGCGACGAGAUGGGCGCCGACGCUCCCCAGGCCACCUUCCACCGCGCCGACCUCCGUGAGCCCGAGACCAUCGAGGCUGUCUUUGCCGAGUACAAGGCCGCCGGCGGCAUCUGGGGUGUUGUCCACCUCGCUGCUCUGAAGGCCGUCGGCGAGUCGUCCGAGCUCCCUACCCAGUACUACAAGGUCAACGUUGCGGGCUCGAUCUCGCUCCUCGAGGCCAUGGCCAAGAACGACUGCAACAACUUUGUCUUCUCGUCGUCGGCUACUGUCUACGGCACCCCCGCUGUCAUCCCCAUCCCCGAGACCUCGCCCCUCCAGCCCGAGUCGGUUUACGGCCGCACCAAGGCCAUGGUCGAGUGGAUCCUCCAGGACAUCUGCCGCUCGGGCACCGACGAGCGCCCCUCGCCCCUCAAGGCCGUCUCGGUCCGCUACUUCAACCCCGCUGGUGCCCACCCCUCUGGCAAGCUCGGCGAGGAGCCCCGCGGCAAGCCCGGAAACCUCCUGCCCCUCCUUGCCCAGAUGGCUGUUGGCCGCGAAAAGUCGGAGCUCAAGGUGUUUGGCAACGACUACCCCGGCUCGCCCGACGGCACCUGUGUGCGCGACUACCUCCACAUCAUGGACCUCGCCGAGGGCCACGUCCUGUCUCUUGACGCCAUGGCCGUUGCCGAGUCGGAGAAGAACAUCUUCUCCAAGUGCGACCCCAAGAAGGACGGCUUCUACCGCGCCUUCAACCUCGGCCGCGGUGCCGGCCAGUCGGUCCUCACCAUGAUCGCCGCCAUGCGCAAGGCCUCGGGCUUUGAGUACAAGUACGAGAUUGUCGGCCGCCGCACCGGUGACGUCCCCGACCUCACUGCCAACCCCGCCCUGGCAGAGGCCGAGCUUGGCUUCCUUGCCAAGCGUGACCUCGAGGAGAUGUGCCGCGACCUCUGGAACUUCCAGACCAAGAACCCUAACGGCUACGAGCAGACCGCUUAG